AAUGCCUGCUUCAGCAAGGGAGGAGAGAAUCGCCCAGAGCUGAGCGGCGUCGUAGGGUGGUGGUCCUGACCGGUCAAGGCCCCUUCUCCUCGUGAACUGGGGGCCAGGGAGCCCUUCUCCCUGUCCCCCUGGCACCACAGCGCUGUAGAAGUGAAAUCCCGGCUCCAAGGUCACCCUCUCCCGAGCCUGGAGCUGGAAAGCCACGGGGACUCCGGGGACUCCCCCAAGGCCCGGACUAGCCUGGCACCCACCCCUCACCACUAACCCACUCCGCCUGGGCGCUGGUUCUGUGCGCUCCCGCGGCGCAGUCGCUCCGCUGCAAGAGCGCUUUCGCGCGCCGCCACCGCCCAGAGCCGGGACCAAAGCAGUCCUCGGGCACCGGCUCCCCGAGGGACACACACCCCCCCGCGCCCCGAGUCGAGGGGUUGAGAGAAGGGCGGUCGGGGAGCCCCUGGGCCUGCCGUCAGUCACCCGGAUUUGUAACUGGAGAAGGGUGCGGGUCCCCGAGGGACAUCUCCAGCUGGCACCUAACUCCUCGGAUCCCGGACUGGGGGCCCGAGCUCGGAUAUUGCAACGGCUGCCCCGUGGGCAAACCGACCCUGGUUUCCGACUCCGGCCACUGGCAGCCUCGCGCCCCAGACCCUUCCCGGGCACGGAAGCGGGUCAGGUCGCCCUGCUCAGCCUCCGGAACGGCGGCGGCACAAACCCCGGCCGCUCCCAGCAGCCCCGACGAGACCCCGGGCAGCGCCUGCCGCCGGGUGGCCUCCCUCUGGGGCUGACCCCCUCGCGCCCCCGCGCGUCUGUCUGCGUUUCUGAGCCUGCUCUGACAGUGAUGUAACAAGGCCAGGCUCGCGCCGCGUCCCCUCUUUCCCAGACUCCGUGCUCCCUCCUCCUCCCGCGCCCCGCGCUCUGCGCGCUAAGCUGGCGCCGGGCUCCGCUUGCACAGCACCGGGACCGACGGGCACUGCUGGGAGAGCCGCUCUCCCACGUUCCACCUCCCCGAUGCAGAGUCCGUGGGGGAAACCAGGCUUUCCUCCCAGAACCAAGGGAGCGAGUCGAGGGGGCAGCUGCUGUGGAGGCUUCUGAGGAGACAGCCUGGCUUCUUUCCCUACUUCCUGGAGAGGGCAGGAAACCUCAGAAUAGAGGAACGCUGCUCCCUGGUCAGCAAGCAGCCCCCAACCUGGAUGGAGUGAAAGAUGCGGCCUGAUGACAUUAACCCGAGGACUGGGCUGGUGGUGGCCCUGGUCAGUGUCUUCCUGGUCUUUGGUUUCAUGUUCACCGUCUCUGGGAUGAAAGGGGAGACUUUGGGAAACAUCCCCCUCCUGGCCAUCGGGCCAGCCAUCUGCCUACCAGGCAUCGCAGCCAUUGCCCUGGCCAGGAAAACCGAGGGAUGCACCAAGUGGCCAGAGAACGAGCUGCUGUGGGUCCGCAAAUUGCCCUGCUUCCGGAAGCCCAAAGACAAGGAGGUGGUAGAGCUGCUGAGGACCCCUUCAGACCUAGAAUCCGGCAAGGGGAGCUCAGAUGAGCUGGCUAAGAAGGCGGGCCUCAGGGGGAAGCCUCCCCCACAAAGCCAGGGUGAGGUGUCCGUGGCCAGCUCCAUCAACAGCCCCACACCCACGGAGGAAGGAGAAUGCCAAAGCCUCGUCCAGAAUGGGCAUCAGGAGGAGACGUCCAGAUACCUGGAUGGCUACUGCCCCUCGGGCAGUUCCCUCGCCUACAGUGCCUUGGACGUCAAGUGCUCAGCAAGGGACAGAUCUGAGUGCCCUGAGCCUGAGGAUAGCAUCUUCUUUGUGCCCCAGGACAGUAUCAUCGUUUGUUCCUACAAGCAGAACAGCCCGUAUGACAGAUACUGUUGUUAUAUCAAUCAGAUACAAGGCAGGUGGGACCACGAGACCAUCGUCUAAUCUCUGCCUACAAAGGUGGCUGGAUUGAUAGAAUAUGACUAAGCCCAGCUCCCCGUGGAAGCAAAUUGCUCUGCUUGGAGAGCCUUCACACUGUUAGAAAUUGACCUGGUAUGUGAUGGGUGUGAUAACCUCUGGUACCCGAGAGUCAUGUAAAUAGGCAUGUUGGGGACACAUCUUAGGGAAGGGCGAUGAGGGUUAAGGACACUGGAAGAGGCAGUGGGUAGGAAAGGAAGCUACUCCAGUUGCUUCUUAACAAUUUACACAAUGUUAAAUGUUUUGUAAAAUAACCCAAAAAGUGCUAUCCAGAACCAGCUGAGAGCAAGAUAAAUCUAGAGUGGGCUGCAGAUGUGAGGCAUCAAAUGAUGCAUGAGCUGACCAUAGGGAAACUGAAGCUGCUUUAUGUUUGAAUAAGUUGAAAAUAAAAUUAAUGAUCCGUUAUAUAAAGUAA